CGAGUCGAACAGGCUAAAGCAUUUGUAUGAGUUGCAAGCGGCUUCAAACUUGGCUCAAACGUCUCAAGUCUUCUGAACCGGGUCCCCAGACCAAAGCCGAACUUGCAGAGCGGGCCAAGCUAGCAGUCGAUGUUGGUUGGGCCUGGCGAGCGGACGUGUGAGCGCGUUAAAGACCAAGUCGAAUAUAACGAAAGACGAAAUAGCGUACGAGAACGACAAACCAAUCGCGAGUGUGAGACUGUGCCAGUGUGCGUGUGUAUGUGUGUGUGCGCGAGCAUGUGCAGCAUUUGAGUUGGCACGUAACGGGCAACGCGUCUUCGAUCCAAUGGCCAAUUGUGCGCCGGCCAGUUGCAGGAUCGAGGCCAGCAGGCUGCUGCUGCUGCUUCUGCUCAUCCUGCAGCUCAUCGCGGCGACGCCAGCUGCCCGCUAUCCAAAUACAAACAGCAACCACAACAACAACAACAUUUGGCGACGCGUUCGUCUGGUGACUAGCGUCAGCGCCAGUUCCCCACAGGAGCGGGAACGCAAUGCAUAUCAGCUGCUCAAGGCCAACAGCACAACCACCAGCACCACCACCAGCACCACCAGCACCACUACGACGCCUGCACCACGGCGUGCUGCCAAACAGCUGCUGCGUCGCGAGGAUCUCAAUGUGCUGGAGAGCAACAUUUCGAGCGCUGCGCGCCUGGAAAUGUCCACGGAGUUCUUUGUGGUGCCCACGCUCAGGUCGAGCACCAGCAGCAGUAGCCACCGCAAUGGCAGCAGUAGCAGCAGCACCACCACUGCAGCCACGCCCACGCGCAGUCAGGGCGCCCGUGCACGCGCCGCCAACACGCCGCGUGCCACACAAGGCGGCAAUGCCACACCGCCCAGCAUUGUGUCCACCACCCAGCUGCCGUUUGCGGGCCUCCGCAAGGAGGUUUGGGUGGUGCCCGUCCUGGUACUGGCCAGCCUCACCAUGCUCAUGAUGGGCGCCUUUGAGAUAUUUGUGCUGUUCAAAGCCUGGCGCACCUCACCAUCGCGCCGCCAUCUGUUUCUGGGUCAAAUGCUGCUGCUGGGCUUGUUUGCCUGCGCCGGAUUGGGCGCCGUUAUCACGGCACAGCCCACGCUGCUCAGCUGUGGCGCCAUACGCUUUGGCGUGGGCGUGGCCUACGCUUUGGUAUUUGCAGCAUUGCUCGUCAAGUGCGUGUUCCUGAUCAGCCUCAACGGCGGCGUCUAUUUGCCAGCACCGUACCAGGGCCUGUUGCUGCUCUUCGCGCUGCUCAUCCAGGUGGCCAUCGGUGCUCAGUGGCUGCUGACACAGCCACCAGAGAUUUACACGACCAGUGUGCCGGUGAUGGGCAGCGGUUUUCUAUCCACCACGGUUGCCUCACAGACAAACUAUUCAGCGCUUUUCUACCCGACGUCCUACACAACGCUGGACGGCACGCCAGAGAUUUACACGAGAAUUGCGGCAGUGAGCACCGUCCUGAUACCGUUAUGCAAGACGCAAUUCUCGGAGCUGCUCUUCUCACUGAUCUACAUUGUGUUCCUCAUUGUGUUCAUUGCGGUGCUGGCGAUCAAAUCGCGUGGCAUACGCGACAACUACCGGGAGGCGACAUACAUCGGCCUAGCCAUUGGUGGCGCCAUACCCAUCUGGCUGGGCUGGAUGUUGUGCGGCUUGGCGGUCGCUGAGCGGCAUAAGGAUGCUUGCAUUGCCUUUGGAUUGGUGGCGACAUCGGCCACCGUUUUCCUGGUCAUGUUUAUGCCCAAGGGCAGGCAGCUGGCGGCCAUGGGCAAGGAGGGACUCUACGUUGAGGAUCGUGAGGAGCAGUUCAGUUCGCUGAGUCGUGCCGGUUCCGGCUAUUCGCCAUCCUUCUUUCACUUCAAGCCCAUCAAAUAUGGCGUCAUGAGCGGCUGCGGGUUGCCCAAUUCCGCAACGAAUACGGGCCAGGGACUCAGCUCCAAGCAUUGCUCCAGUGCCAACAAUGGCGGAGAUCGAGUCGCUUUGGUCACCGCCGCACCUCCGAGCUAUACACGUAUGUAUCACUAUUUUCCAGCACAUUUGAGCGCGCACCCGUUCUGCUAUUACCCACCCGCACCACCACCACUACCACCACCGCCCGCACCGCCCACACAGCUGGCCACACCGUUGACCCUCAAACAGCUGGGUAACUCGCUUACCUCCAUGACACAGGCGGCGCAGUUGGCCAAAACUCUGCGUUAUGCGCCAGGAAUGUUUAUACGACCAGAUGAAACGAAUCUUUAUACAACGCUGGAGCCGACAUUGAGCAGCAAUCCGAAUGUAUACUUCCAGCGCAGCGGCGCUGUACAUCCGGGCAUAUUGUACUGACUGGAGGAGCAGAGGAAUGCAGAGAAGCACUGGAGCUAUCGAGAACACUGGAACUGAGUAUUUUUUCUUAACAUUAAGCUGCAGCACAAAGCGCUCCCCGCACACCCCCACACGCCCCUAAUACGGCUCCCAAGGAGCAGCAAUAAGUGAAUAAACGGAAUAAAUAGUGUAAUACA